AUGCCUGAAACGCCCUCAGGCGACCAUUUGGAAGUCGCCCAAACACCACCAACCAUAUCUCUCGACCCCAAACUUUCAUGGGCGCAAAUCGCACAGAAGAAACGGGUGUCUUUGGUACAUCGCCAUUUCACGAUUGCAAACGCUGGUGAGACGAAUCAGCAAACCGUCAUCCAUUCGCAUGUUUUUCGUCGAGGUCGAUCCCCCGGCAGCAUUUUCUUUGACGUUAGUUCUCGUUCUGGCACUCUGAAGGAUAUCUUGAAACUGCUCACAGAGCAAUUUCAUCACGUCAAUGGUGUACUUGUUCAUAGGGAGGGUCCUCGAGUUGUCCUUGAAGCUUAUUUCAACACACAAGAGGAAAGUGCACGUGCUUUGACACGUGGCUUAGAGUUUCCACAACAAACAUUUGUUCGUGGUACAGCUGGUAUCACAGGCGAUGCUAUCGUCAAGAAGAUUCGUUUGACGCAUCUCCCUUUUAUGGAUCUUGAAAAGCUGAAAGCUGGUUUACAUGCUACCAUGGCAAUGUAUGGUCAAGUUUUGGAUGUCGGCAUUAAUCGAGAUGAAACCACCAAUCUCUUCAUGGGCAAUGGUUUCGCUGUACUCAACGUGGCUCCGAUCGAAGGUGAACAAGACUUUUUGCCAUUGGGCCACCAUAUUGCAUGGGAAGGAGAUGAAAACAAUUUGAUCUAUGCUACGUAUGCGGAUAUGCCUCUUCACUGUUCUCGUUGCCAUGAUGCAGGUCAUGGGGUCAAAGAUUGUCCUUUACGCAGAAGUCAAAUGAGAGAAUGUUGGAAUUGUGGAGCACGUGGUCAUCUCUCUUACAAUUGCCCUCGCAAGAAAGAUUGGGUGCUAGGAGAAGAAAAUCGUACUCGUCGUAAGACCAAUCGUAGCCAACAUACUGUGGUGACAGAGGAUAUCCCUAAGUUGACGGAUCGCGUUGAUCAAAAUGUUCGCAAGAGGAAAUCCCGCCAUCAGGUCGAGCCAUCAACACCCAUUAUUGAGCAACCCAGUUUGGUGGAACAAGCCGAUUCUACCACUGCCGCAGAUAUUCCGGAUGAGGAUUCGGCUUCUGACCUUGAAGAUUCUAUGGAUACGGAUCUAGAUGUUGAUAUGACACAACAAUCUGAAUUGGAAGAGACGAUCGACCAAGUAGUCGUUGCCGUUUGUGAUGGCACUUAUGAGGCGAUGUUAUCGAGCGACGUAUUGAAAUCAGCACAAGUUGUCACACUUUCGAAGGACUGGUAUCGACGCUUGCCGAUGUCGAAUGGUUGUAUGGAUAUGAUUGAAGCAGAGAAUUUUGACAAUCACCAGGAACGUACUCUUGCUGCCAUAAUCUAUCAUCGUUUGGCCGAGAUGGGAAAAGCCGAUCAAUUUGCUGCACACCUCUUUGCUAGGGUCACUCGUUCGGGUCGCAUUAGCUUCCCUCGUGAUCCUACAGAGGCAGGGUCCCAAUAA